AUGUCAAGUAAACGUCGUCCCAACGGCGGUACUAGUAACGUAACAGAAGCAAAAGCCCCACAUAAUACAACAAUGCCGAACGGACCCGUCAAUGGAAUUAAAGUCGGGUCUAAUGGUUUCUCACUUUGGCCUAGUCGUGUUGAACACCGCAUCACAUUAUCCUUUUCCUUCAACUCUUCCUGUGAAAACGAUCCACUUAAAGUGAUCAAGGUGGUUGCCAGUGAUGGAAAAACCGGAGAAGAGUUUGAGUUAGCCUACACUGUCACCAAAGUAAUCGGAAAUGGUUCCUUUGGUGUAGUAUUUCAAGCCAAGUUAAUUAAUUCUGGUGACGAGACUGCAAUAAAAAAAGUACUUCAAGAUAAACGGUUUAAGAACCGAGAGCUUCAAAUAAUGAGAUUGGUAUCACAUCCUAAUAUAGUAGGUCUGAAAGCUUUUUUUUACUCUAACGGAGAAAAACGAGACGAAGUUUAUCUCAAUCUCGUACUCGAAUAUGUUCCUGAAACUGUUUACCGAGCAUCCAGAGUAUACGCCAAAAGCAAGCAAACAAUGCCAAUGCUUUGUAUAAAACUAUACAUGUAUCAACUUUUCCGGUCGCUUGCCUAUAUCCAUUCUCUCGGCAUCUGCCACCGUGAUAUUAAACCACAAAAUUUAUUACUGAACCCGACCACAGGAGUAUUAAAAUUAUGUGACUUCGGUAGUGCAAAGAUCCUUGUCGCAGGAGAGCCAAAUGUUUCAUAUAUUUGUUCAAGAUACUAUAGGGCACCGGAGUUGAUCUUUGGCGCAACAAAUUACACAACUAAUAUCGACGUUUGGUCAACGGGCUGUGUUAUGGCCGAAUUAAUGCUUGGACAGCCCUUAUUCCCUGGGGAGAGUGGUAUUGAUCAAUUGGUAGAAAUUAUCAAAGUUUUAGGUACACCAACAAAAGAACAAAUCAAAACCAUGAAUCCGAACUAUAUGGAGCAUAAAUUUCCUCAAAUCAAACCUCAUCCAUUUUCAAAGGUUUUCCGCGCUAGGACGCCGCCUGAGGCGAUUGAUCUUAUAUCUCGCCUUUUAGAAUAUACUCCGUCCAAUCGAUUAACUGCAAUUGAGGCAAUGUGCCAUCCAUUUUUUGAUGAACUUCGAAAUCCAGAAACGAGACUUCCCACCGGAAAGGAGCUACCAAAGCUUUUCGAUUUUACCGAACAAGAACUAUCUAUUCGAGAUGAUCUCAUUUCUCAACUCGUACCACAGCACGCAGAGGCUGAACUUAAAGCGAGAGGGAUCGAUAUUCACAAUUUCGUUCCAUUGACACAAAGCCAAAUGCGCGCAACUUUGGAUUGA